UACCCAUAUUUGGUUGCGCGCCAUUUUUCGAAAGAACGUUUAUUUUUGCUUCUACAAGAACAAAUUGUUCAGCAAAAUAUCGGCUCAAAAUCAGCGUUGAAACAAGAUAAUAGCGCCAAACUAUGCCAGCUGAGUGUAAAAGUGUUCGUGAUGUUUUUGAGGAGGCACAGCGGGGCUUUCAGCUCCAUGCAAAACUUAUUCGCUCACUCAAAAAGAUUCAAGACUCAAGCGAAAGCGAGGAUGACUUUCGAGAAACCUUCCUUAAGCACUUGACGCAUGCCAUGAUCGUGUUCAAGAGAGAACCAGCGGUGGAAAGAAUCAUGGAGUUUGUCGCUAAAUACGCAACAGCACGAAUACAUUAUGUUGCUCCUGAAAAGACUGACAACCUAAGUGGUGACGAAGACGAGUGUGAAAUCACAAGUCACUUCUUGCGUUAUGUGUUUAUGUUCCUACUUGAGUGCCAUGACUCAAGGGACAAGGCUGUUCGAUUCCGCACAUGCCAGCUUAUCAACAAACUGCUGAAUAGCAUGGAUGAUGAAGCAAGUAUUGAGGAUGACAUAGCAGACAAGAUCUUUGAUUGCAUGCUAGUACGGCUGAAGGACAAGAUCCCGGUCAUCCGUGUACAAGCCGUGCUUGCUCUAGCCAGGCUUCAAGACCCGAGUGAUGAGGACUGCCCUAUUAUAGCCUCGUACUUGCAGCUGUUGUCAACCGACUCUUCAGCUGACGUGCGGCGCACUGUGUUGGCCAAUAUUGUACUUUCUCGCAAAACCCUGCCAAAUAUAAUUGAGAGAACUCAUGAUGUAACUGAAUCAGUAAGAAAAAUAGCGUACCGCAUUGUUGCUGAAAAGACCAAGAUUCAAUGGUUGAGUAUUGCUCAAAGGGUGCAGGUUCUACAAGAUGGCUUGAAUGACAGGUCUGAAGCAGUGAAGGACAUUUGCAUCAAGAGCGUGUUGCAGGGCUGGUUGAGAUCAUUUGAUGGAAACAUUGUUGAACUGCUUAAGUGUGUGGAUGUUGAGAACUCUUCUGAAACUGCAGAGGCAGCCGUCAAGGCUCUACUCAAAGGUCUGCCGAAGGAGGACUUAAAGCUGAAGAUAAAUGCUCUGAAGACAGACCCCAGCCAAGCAGGACCUGUAACUGUAAACUAUGACGCACUGGAUUCAGAGACAGCUUUCUACUGGCGAUGCCUCGGCCAGCACCUCAAGUCUCUAGGGGUUGAAGGGGAGGAGUUACUGGACACUCUGCUACCAGAAGUGACAGCUUUCUGUCAGUACAUUCAAGGAUUUACUGAGGGUCACUUCACCUCACCACCAGAGAUCACCAGCGAGAAACUACAAGAGACAUUUAUAGCAACACAACUGCUCCUCCUAGCUGGCGUGAUGGACUUGUCUGAUGAAGUAGGAAGGAAGCGCCUGGGACAGCUCGUUCACGAGCUGCUGGUGUCGCCGAACAUCCCAGAGCAGCUUGUCCAUGUGCUCCACUCCAGAUUCAUAGACGUUGAGCCUGACGAGGAGACCAGAAUCCAGGAGCUUGUGGAGAUCAUAGCAGAUGUGCAACAGCCCAUUGUUAUUGUUGAGACUGCAGCCUCAAGGGAGGAGACUAGACAGAAAGAGCUGAAGAUGGCUGCAAUCAAGGUCAAGCUGAUCCAGUACAAAGAUGAGAUGGAUGAGCAUGUCAGCAACCAGAACUUCUCCCUCGCUGCUGAAUUGAAGGAGAAAAUCAGUGAGCUGGAGGCCGAGAGAGAUAGCAUUAUGGAGCAGAGUUCCUCUGUGUCUCUACCCGUCCGGGAAGAGAAGGAUGACCCUGCAACCUUGCUCAAGUGUUUAACAAUUGCCUGUGAGAUGCUGGAAGCUACCACAAGAAACGGGAUGGGUCCCACCCUGCUCACGCUUGUAGAUACCUUGGUUGUACCUGGUGUUCAGAAUGAGAACCCCCUUGUACGAAAUGCUGCUGUCAAAUGUCUGGGACUGUGUGCCCUGCUGAGCUGUGAAUUCGCCAGGAAGCAUUUAGUACUCUUCCUUCAGGUGGCUCAGUUGGAUCAAGAGACUGUCCAGGUCACAGCACUCCAGGUUGUGUUUGACCUGCUCCAAAAGUUUGGCUUAGAGGCAUUCAAACUGAACCCAGCUCAAGAAAUUUUGGAUCAAGAUAAGUCUUCCACUGAGUCUGAGACUGACCAGGAAGGGGAGGAGAGGAGCAAGGAAGAAGGAGAAGAAAUGGGCGAGGAAGGGGAAGGAGAGAAAACGGGGGAACGUGGAGUAGAUAACACUGCUACCAGUGUACUACAGAUACUGACAGGGCUGCUUGAAAGUGAGAGCAAUGACCUGCGGAAUACAGCAGCAGAGGGACUUGCCAAGCUGCUUCUGUCUGGCAGGGUCCUCAGCGCGAAGCUCCUAUCUCGCCUGAUCUUGCUGUGGUACAAUCCAACUACAGAAGACGAUGGACUGCUUAGGCACUGUAUUGGCGUCUUCCUCCCUGUCUUUGCAUUCUCCUCACGAACCAACCAGGAGCUAGUAGAAGAGUCCUUCCUUCCCACUCUACGCACACUGUUUAGCGCACCAGAGUCGUCACCACUGGCAACCAUCAAUUGCAACAAUGUGGCAGAGCUGCUGGUUGAGUUGACCAAUAACCAGCACCUGAAUAAGAUGGGCAACACUACCAGCUCCAAGGACACCACAGAGCAAUGUAGCCAUGUCUCAUUGGCUCUGAAGGUAGCUAAUGAGAUUCUGUCCGACCCUGAGGCACCCGGCGUCCGAGUCCUGUGCAAGGUCCUGACCACCUUAGACCUCGGGGGUUGUGAUCGGACAAGCGUCACGGACAUGAAGGUCCUGUGCCAGCAGAUGGCUGAGGCCAUUGAGGAAACACCCUCUCUUAAGCUCCUGGAAAAGUUCCAGCGUAACCUGGCCCUUAUGGAGCACGCUGCCGCAGGCCAGGAGGAGCCUGUAUCCGCGUCAGCGGUGAGUGAGCAAUCUCAAGAUGAAGGUGCCAGCCAGGAAACUGCCGACAGUCAGGAUAACAGUGAUACAGUCACAGGUGACAUUGCCAAAGUUCCUGGGAUUGACCAGGAAAGUAAUGGUGACCAGGCAGCUGGUGGUGACCAGGAAGCUAGCGAGCAUGAGAUGGAGGAUAAGACUUCAGAUAAUACAAGGGCAGUUUUGGAGGAGGGCAGCUUGAAUGUGGAAGAUGAAGAUUCUCUUUCCUCUACGAUGCCCAAGGAAAAAGCAGCCAACUCUACAACGACGGCCAGAAAAACCCGUGCUUCCAAGAAAAAGGAUGCAAGUGUCGCUGACAGCAAAUCAAUACGGCGAACACGCCCUACUAGGCGCACUCGCAACACGUCCGCUAUCAAAGCAAAAUUAGACCUCUCUGACAGCGACGUUACGUCUGACAAAGAGAACGAAGUCUUCUAGGAGAGUGUUUUUGUGUGUGGACGGGGGGGAUUCCCGAUCUACUGCACAUCCACUAGAUAGCGAGUGUCAGGUUUUGAGUAUCAUGUAAAACAAGAUUCUGUGCAGUGCAAAUCCCCAGGUCGUAGAGCGUGGAAACAAAAUUGGAAUUUGUGAGAGGGUUUCUUCCCUUUGUCUUCUCGGCCUUAGUUUUACCACAUCUGCUUUUCAUGGUGCUCCCGUUCCCAUGCGCGAUGUCGACCUUCUUUGUUAUGUGAGCUAUGCAAAUAAUAAAAGAAAUACUAUAAAUACAAUAAUUUGAAACGCC